AAUUAAUGUAUUAAUAUUAUUUAUCAUAUAUUUGAUAUAGAACUUUGAAUAAUGAAAUAUUAUAAAUCAUAAAUUUACAAUAAAUUAAAAAUAUGUCUAUAAUCACGUCUGAAUAGAGGUCGUGACUGAAUCUAAAGGAGUAAAAUCCCGUUCAACAGUGGAAGGAUUAAAGUGAGGUGAUCGUGAAAAAAGUAGUUGACAAAACUUGUAUUGUGUUGGUGGAAGUAAAUGUAUGGUCGAUUUUAAAAAGAAUCAUAGCUAAAUCUCAAAAUAUUAUAUAUUGUGAAGAUAGUUAACAACACGUGUAGCCGUAUAAUUGUGAAUUAGAUAAAUUGAUAAAUCAUCCAGAAGUACACAAUGAGCUUCCUAUUUGGAAGCAGAUCUUCAAAAACCUUCAAACCAAAGAAAAAUAUUCCAGAAGGAACUCAUCAAUAUGACUUGAUGAAACAUGCAGCAGCCACUUUAGGUUCUGGCAAUUUGAGACUUGCAGUUAUGCUUCCAGAAGGUGAAGAUUUGAAUGAAUGGGUUGCAGUAAAUAAGAAAAAAAUGGUUGUUUUAGCUGUUGAUUUUUUCAACCAAAUCAAUAUGUUAUAUGGCACUAUCACAGAAUUCUGUACUGAAGAAAGUUGCCCCAUCAUGUCUGCAGGACCAAAAUAUGAAUACCAUUGGGCUGAUGGGCAUACUGUCAAAAAACCAAUUAAAUGUUCUGCACCAAAAUAUAUUGAUUAUUUAAUGACUUGGGUACAAGAUCAAUUAGAUGAUGAAACUUUAUUUCCUUCAAAAAUUGGCGUUCCUUUCCCAAAAAACUUCUUAUCUAUUGCUAAAACAAUAUUGAAAAGACUAUUCAGAGUAUAUGCUCAUAUUUAUCAUCAACACUUUAGUGAAGUGGUUCAACUUGGCGAAGAAGCACAUUUAAAUACAUCAUUCAAACAUUUUAUAUUUUUUGUUCAAGAAUUUAAUUUGAUAGAAAGAAGAGAAUUGGCACCAUUACAAGAAUUAAUAGAGAAGUUAACUGCAAAGGAUGCUCGAUGAAUGAUCUUAAUAGUUAACUGAAAACUCCUCCAAAGAAUCUCACCGUGCUAUCUUUUUAACGUGUAAUUGUGCAUGUUAUUUAAUUAAUCCAAUUCAUUGCUAAUGCAAUCAUUGCCUCAAACUAGAAGUCACUGGUAUUAUA